GGUUGCCUCUCCGGUAUAUAAGUUUGAUGCGACUUUUCCUGGAUGCACCUGCCUAUAGGAGUCCUGGUCGUCACGAUGAACGUUCUCCUGGGCGGUCUUUUGAUCUUUGCCACCUUUGUGACUUUAUGCAAUGGAUCAUGCUAUGUAAUACGUCAUAAGUUAGCUCCAGGAGAGACAAUCAAAGAAUGCACGGAUCUCAAAGGAAACAAACACCCGCUAGACUCAAGAUGGCGGACUGAAGACUGUGAGCUAUGUGCUUGCCGUGACAUAGAAAUAUCAUGUUGCUCCCUUGUUUCUACACCUGUGGGUUAUGACAGACACAACUGCCGGAAAAUCUUCAACAAGGAGACCUGCAAGAUAAGUGUGGUGGAGAAGAAGGACCCAAAUAGGCCCUGUGGUGUCAGUGGAUGGAUAUCGUAAUGUGCUUCUAGUAGGCACAGGGCUCCCAGGCCAGGCCUCAUUCUCCUCUGGCCUCCAAUAGUCUAUGAUGGUGUAGCCUUGCCUAUCAGUAAAAGAUUUUUGAGCAAACA